AUGAUUGAGGGAAUGGUGAAGGAUGGUGUUAUUGAACCUUCAUCUAGUCCAUGGUGUUCACCUGUGGUGCUGGUAAAGAAGAAGGACGGCAGCAUGCGGUUUUGUGUUGACUAUCGCCGCCUGAACGACAUUACAAAGAAGGACAGCUAUCCCUUGCCAAGAAUUGAUGACACGCUGGAUAUGCUUACAGGCGUAAAGUGGUUUAGUACGCUAGAUCUGAAAAGUGGCUACUGGCAGGUUGAAAUUGACCCUAAGGACAAGGAGAAAACUGCAUUCUCCACAGGAAAGGGUCUGUGGCAAUUCAAAGUCAUGCCGUUUGGAUUGUGCAAUGCUCCAGCAACGUUUGAAAGGUUGAUGGAGCUUGUACUUACCGGGCUAAUUGGAGAUGCUUGUCUGGUCUAUUUGGAUGACAUCAUCAUCGUAGGCCGUACGUUUGAGGAAAACCUUCAAAACCUGGAACGCGUGCUCAUGAAGAUCCAGAGUGCCAACCUCAAGUUGAGUCCAAAGAAGUGCUCACUAUUCAAACGGCAAGUUAGUUUUUUGGGAUAUGUAGUGUCGGAAGAAGGUAUCCGCACGGAUCCAGAGAAAAUUGCUGCUGUCAAGGAGUGGCCGGUCCCAAAAGACAAGACACAGGUUAGAGCAUUUUUGGAUUUGUGCUCUUAUUAUCGGCGAUUUGUGAAGAACUUUGCAGAUAUAGCCAAACCUCUGCACAAGCUAACCGAGGAGAAGCGACAAUUCUGCUGGGAUGAAAGUUGCGAUAUUGCAUUCCAGGAGCUCAAGAACCGCCUGUGCAAAACACCUAUUUUGGGGUACCCUGAUGCGGGCAAGGAAUUCAUAGUUGACACAGACGCAAGUGAUAUAGGACUUGGCGGUGUGUUGUCUCAACGGAAUGGUGAUCAAGAGAUUGUGAUAGCGUACUUCAGCAAGUCGUUGUCAAAGCCGGAAAGGAACUAUUGUGUCACAAGACGGGAAUUGCUUGCUGUGGUAAAGUCCUUGCAGCAUUUUAGCAAAUAUCUUCUAGGGCGGAAAUUCCACUUACGAACUGACCAUGCUGCACUGAAAUGGCUAUUGCAGUUCAAAAAUCCGGAAGGACAAGUUGCGAGAUGGAUAGAACUACUGCAGGAAUACGACUUUGUGAUCGAACAUCGCAGCGGGAAAUCUCAUGGCAAUGCAUUGUCAAGAAGACCUUGCCCUGAAGAUUGCAAGCAUUGUACUAGGCAAGAGGGUAAGGAAGUGGUAUCUGUGAGAAUGCUCAGGACAGACCAACUCAGCAAUGAGUGGAAGGACAGCCUACAACAUGCACAGCAGGAAGAUUCGGACAUUAAGCCGAUUCUGGAAUGGAUGAAGGCCAGUGCUCCUAAGCCCAAGUGGAGCGACGUCUCAGCAAUGAGUUCGACCACGAAAAGCUAUUGGGCCCAAUGGGACAGCUUGCUGAUUCAGGAUGGAGUCCUGUGCCGUAAAUGGGAAAAUGGUCGGGGAGACAGGUGUCAUUUGCAAAUGGUUGUCCCUAAGGCUAAAGUGCCGGAUAUUCUACAGCUGUACCAUAGUGGUUGUUCAGGAGGCCACCUGGGAGUUAAACGAACUCUCCUGAAGAUCCGAGAACGGUUUUACUGGGUCCACUGUCGUGACGAUGUCGAGGACUGGUGCCGCAAAUGUACAAGUUGUGCGGCUGUAAAGGGACCUCAAAUUCGUAGUAGAGGCGCAUUGAAAUUGUACAAUGUUGGUGCACCAUGGGAGAGGAUAGCCAUUGACGUUGCGGGGCCGUUUCCAGAAACUGAAAGUGGUAACAAGUAUUUCAUGGUAGUGAUGGAUUACUUCACUAAGUGGCCAGAAGUCUUCGCCAUUCCAAAUCAAGAAGCUUCAACAGUUGCAGAUAAACUAGUUCAUGAAGUCUUCUGUCGUUUUGGAGUACCUUUAGAGAUUCACAGCGAUCAAGGAAGGAAUUUUGAGUCUCAAAUAUUCCAGGAAACUUGCCGAGUUAUGGGUACUCAGAAAACACGAACAACUUCUUACCACCCACAAUCUGAUGGUAGAAAGAUUUAA